GCGAAGCUGCCGGAGCCGGGACUCGCACCCUGGGGGCUGCGGUUCGGAGGCGCCUCCCCCUCCCCCUAGCUCGCGGCUCUCCGGGAACCCGGGGACCGGCGCUUUGCGCUUCGGCCCCGCAGGCCCCCGCAGGCCCGGGGGCGGCGCAGGCGCGGAGCCGGGGUCCUCGCGCCCCAGCCCGGAAGUCCGCGCGGCCGACGGUGGCGGGGCGCUGUGUGCGGGCGGCGUGCGCGGCCGCGUGGGCCAUGGGUCGGCGGGCGCGGGGCCGGCGGCUCCAGCCGCGGCCGCAGGGAGCGGAGGACGGCGCCGAGGGCGGCGGGAAGCGCCGUGAGGCGGGCUGGGAAGGCGGGUACCCCGAGAUCGUCAAGGAGAACAAGCUCUUCGAGCACUACUACCAGGAGCUCAAGAUCGUGCCCGAGGGAGAGUGGGACCAGUUCAUGGAAGCUCUCAGGGAGCCCCUCCCCGCCACCCUACGAAUUACUGGCUACAAGAGCCAUGCAAAAGAGAUUCUCCAUUGCUUAAAGAACAAGUAUUUCAAGGAACUGGAGGACCUGGAGGUGGACGGUCAGAAAGUUGAAGUUCCCCAGCCCCUGAGUUGGUAUCCAGAAGAACUGGCCUGGCACACAAACUUAAGUCGAAAAAUCUUGAGAAAGUCUCCACAGUUGGAAAAGUUUCACCAGUUCCUGGUUAGCGAAACCGAAUCUGGAAAUAUCAGUCGUCAAGAAGCCGUUAGCAUGAUUCCACCGCUGUUACUUAAUGCUCACCCUCACCAUAAGAUCUUAGAUAUGUGUGCAGCGCCCGGAUCAAAGACCACACAGCUCAUUGAGAUGUUACACGCCGACAUGAACGUCCCUUUCCCAGAGGGGUUUGUCAUUGCGAACGAUGUGGACAACAAGCGUUGCUAUCUGCUCGUGCAUCAGGCCAAAAGGCUGAGCAGCCCCUGCAUCAUGGUGGUGAACCACGACGCGUCCAGCAUACCUCGGCUCACGAUAGAUGUGAACGGGAAGAAAGAGAUUCUCUUCUAUGAUCGCAUUCUGUGUGAUGUCCCUUGCAGUGGGGAUGGCACUAUGAGAAAAAACAUUGAUGUUUGGAAAAAGUGGACGACCUUGAACAGCCUGCAGCUGCACGGCUUACAGCUGCGGAUCGCCACGCGUGGUGCUGAGCAGCUGGUGGAGGGCGGUCGCAUGGUGUACUCCACGUGCUCGCUGAACCCCAUCGAAGACGAGGCGGUCAUAGCGUCUUUGCUGGAGAAAAGUGAAGGUGCCUUGGAGCUCGCUGACGUGUCUUCUGAGCUGCCGGGACUGAAAUGGAUGCCUGGAAUCACACAGUGGAAGGUGAUGACAAAAGAUGGACAGUGGUUUUCAGAGUGGGAGGCUGUUCCUCACGGCAGACACACCCAGAUCCGGCCCACCAUGUUCCCACCAAAGGACCCGGAGCAGUUACAGGCGAUGCAUCUGGAGCGGUGUCUUAGAAUAUUACCACAUCAUCAGAAUACCGGCGGGUUCUUUGUGGCAGUAUUGGUGAAAAAGUCUUCGAUGCCGUGGAAUAAGCGUCCACCAAAGCUGCAGGGCGAGCCCAGAGAGCCUGUGCGGUCGGGCCCCACGGACCCCGCCGAGCUGGAGAGUAAACCGGUCGGUGGAAUUGACGACACAGAGAUCGCGGAAAGAGCUGAGAACCUAGAGGACAACGGAAGAAAGAAAGACGGAGUGUGUGGCCCUCCUCCAUCCAAGAAGAUGAAGUUGUUUGGGUUUAAAGAAGACCCGUUCGUGUUUAUUCCUGAAGACGACCCGUUAUUUCCACCGAUCCAGAAAUUUUACGCGUUGGAUCCUUCAUUCCCAAAGAGGAAUUUGUUGACUCGAACCACAGAAGGGAAGAAAAGGCAACUCUACAUGGUCUCCAAGGAGCUGAGGAACGUCCUGCUGAAUAACAGCGAGAGGGUGAAGGUUAUAAACACUGGGAUAAAAGUCUGGUGUCGGAAUAACAGUGGCGAAGAGUUUGAUUGUGCUUUUCGGUUAGCGCAGGAGGGAAUAUACACGUUGUAUCCAUUUAUUAAUUCAAGAAUUAUCACUGUGUCAAUGGAAGAUGUUAAGAUUCUGUUAACCCAGGAAAACCCAUUUUUUAGAAAACUUAGCAGUGAGACCUACAGCCAAGCCAAGGACUUGGCCAAGGGGAGCAUCGUCCUGAAGUACGAGCCGGACCCCACGAAACCGGACACCCUCCAGUGUCCCAUCGUGUUAUGUGGAUGGCGGGGAAAGGCCUCCAUUCGGACUUUCGUGCCCAAGAACGAACGGCUUCAUUAUCUCAGGAUGAUGGGGCUGGAGGUGCUGGCGGAGAAGAAGAAGGAAGGGGCCGUCCUGGCGCCUGAGAGCGAGGGCGGCUCGGGGCCGCCGGAGGCCGAACGCGGCGUGGAGCCGGCCGCCAGCGCCAGUGUGGACGCGGCCCCGGGCCCCGACCCGGCCGAGGGCGCCCUGCCCCGGUGAGGAGGCCUCCACCUUGGUGCCCAGAGCCAAACCCGGAGCUUCUGACCCACAAAGUGCAUAUUUUUGGAAACUGGUGGAAAUGAUAGAACAGUCUGUAAAUGACCUCAGUGCUGCUUUCACGAUACUCUUUUAGCCCGUUUACGGUUUCUUUGGCGAAGCUGGUCCGUGGUGCGUGUUUCAGGCAGUCGUAGACUUUCACCGUUAAGGUCUUAAACUUCUAUCGAGAAACAAAACUGCCCUUGAAGGAAUUUUCAGGUCCCUUUUGUUACGCCUCUAUUGGGCUUAAUUAUUGUUUUAAUUAUUAUUUAUAGAAAGAAUCUAACUCCUGAAUCGUCGGAAGACCGUUUUGUAAACCUUAAUAGCUGUGAACUUGCACGUUAACAGUGUGACGUUCACAUGCGGUGGGCUAAUAUCUGAAGCCUCGGAUGACUUGUGUGCCUUCGUAAUAAAAGUCAAAUAAACUUUUCUCAGAGGAAGA